AUCCUAACCGCUCACGGCAGGAUAGAGACCGUGGGCUCGACCAGCUGAAGGCGCCGCUCCAAUCGGUGGUUCAAGUUCGGAUGGACCAGAGCGGGGCUCCAGCGCUCGCGGGAGCGUCUGCGCCGUGACCGGAGUCCUGGGUGGCGCGGGGCUCUCAGCGCCUUUUGUGUGGGGCGCGCUCGGGCGGCGGGGCAGCCGGGCUCUCCAGGCUUGCUUGUUUUUUUCCACCCUGACUCGUUACCCCAGACUCUUCGCAGAUGUUAGUUCACAGUUUUUCAGCUAUGGACCGUCACGACGGCACCAGCAACGGGACGGCACGGUUGCCCCAGCUGGGCACUGUAGGUCAAUCUCCCUACACGAGCGCCCCGCCGCUGUCCCACACCCCCAAUGCCGACUUCCAGCCCCCAUACUUCCCCCCGCCCUACCAGCCUAUCUACCCCCAGUCGCAAGAUCCUUACUCCCACGUCAACGACCCCUACAGCCUGAACCCCCUGCACGCCCAGCCGCAGCCGCAGCACCCGGGCUGGCCCGGCCAGAGGCAGAGCCAGGAGUCUGGGCUCCUGCACACGCACCGGGGGCUGCCCCACCAGCUUUCGGGCCUGGAUCCUCGCAGGGACUACCGGCGGCACGAAGACCUCCUGCACGGCCCACACGGGCUUAGCUCAGGACUCGGAGACCUCCCGAUCCACUCCUUACCUCACGCCAUCGAGGACGUCCCGCAUGUAGAAGACCCGGGUAUUAACAUCCCAGAUCAAACUGUAAUUAAGAAAGGCCCCGUGUCCCUGUCCAAAUCCAACAGCAACGCCGUCUCCGCCAUCCCCAUAAACAAGGACAACCUCUUCGGCGGCGUCGUGAACCCCAACGAAGUCUUCUGUUCAGUUCCGGGUCGCCUCUCGCUCCUCAGCUCCACCUCGAAGUACAAGGUCACGGUGGCGGAAGUACAGCGGCGCCUCUCACCGCCCGAGUGUCUCAACGCUUCGCUGCUGGGCGGAGUGCUGCGGAGGGCGAAGUCUAAAAAUGGAGGAAGAUCUUUAAGAGAAAAACUGGACAAAAUAGGAUUAAAUCUGCCAGCAGGGAGACGUAAAGCUGCCAAUGUCACUCUGCUCACAUCACUAGUGGAGGGAGAAGCCGUCCACCUAGCCAGGGACUUUGGGUACGUGUGCGAAACCGAAUUUCCUGCCAAAGCAGUAGCUGAAUUUCUCAACCGACAACAUUCCGAUCCCAAUGAGCAAGUGACAAGAAAAAACAUGCUCCUGGCUACAAAACAGAUAUGCAAAGAGUUCACUGACCUGCUGGCUCAGGACCGAUCUCCCCUGGGGAACUCACGGCCCAACCCCAUCCUGGAGCCCGGCAUCCAGAGCUGUUUGACCCACUUCAACCUCAUCUCCCACGGCUUCGGCAGCCCAGCGGUGUGCGCCGCGGUCACGGCCCUGCAGAACUAUCUCACCGAGGCCCUCAAGGCCAUGGACAAAAUGUACCUCAGCAACAACCCCAACAGCCACACGGACAACAGCGCCAAAAGCAGUGACAAAGAGGAGAAACACAGAAAGUGAGGCUGUCCUCCCGCCCUGCGCCUCCCCGCCCAGCGAGCCCACCCACUCGGUCGUCUCCCCCCACCUACCACCGCAGGCAGGUGACAGCUUCGGAAUCAGCGAACCCCACUGCUGCUACUGCUGUUGCUGCUGCCGCCGCCGCCACCCACAGCCCUCCAGAGUCCGAGAGAGGGGCCCUGUCUCUUCCGGCAGCGGGACCGCCCCUGCUGACUCCGCCCCCCCUGCCUCGACUUCCCUCCCCCCCCCCCCACCAGCACCAACUCCCCCGCCCUUUGCCCUCCUGUGGAGCCUAAGAGAACAGAACAGGCCUCGAAGCCAGCAAAGAAAAGUUCUGUCCAAGUGUGUGAACCUUUUUUAAAAAACAAAAACACAAAACAGAAAAACCAACAGGAACCCAACAGUGACAACCACCACAAAAAAAAAAAAAAAAAAAAAAAAAAAAAUUUUUUUUUUUUUUCUAAAAAAAAGAACAUAAAAAUGAAAAAAAAAAAAAGAUACGAGCUUCAUGGGACUGAGUCACCACCUUCCCUUACAUACUUCGGUUCAGAUUGUAGCCAUACUAAAAAAAAAAAAAAAAAAAGCCAAAAGGAUAAUGACAUUUUUAUCAGUAUUGUGAAUAAACUUGAACACAAACACAGGAAUUUCCAUGUCAUGUCUUCAGUUGUAGAAGUUUUUCCUCUUCAAGGUAAAGCGACCAACUUGAACUUUCUCUGGCAACACGAUUCACAGUUAUAUAAGGGAAUCAGUGUUCACGUCUCUGUAUAUAUUUAUUUAUGUGUAAUUUAAUGGGAAUUGUAAAUAUGGUGAGUCUGUUUUAAGCCUCUUUUUUUUUUUUUUUUUAAUUUAUCUGGUGAUCUCGUUUACCUCUUGUUUAGUGGGUUUUGAAUCUUCCCUAUUAGUUCUUCAUGUGGUUCAUGGUACUUAUUUAGAAAUUCAAGGUUUGGGGGAUUUUUUUUUUUUCCUCCUCUGGGAUUCAUGAAUUUAGCCCUGUUGUAGCAUGUUAAAGACGACAAGGAGACAGCUGAACGAAGGAAAAAAAAAAAAAGCCAACUAAAAUUUUAUAUAUAAUUAGUAUUACAUUUAGCUUUCCAUUGAACUGAAAGAAAAAAAUGUGAUAUCGGACCCUGGAAAGAGUUUUAAACUUGAGCGGUUUGAUGACCCUUCUAUGUAUUGUGGGGAGAAAAAAAAAAGUUUAUCUUAUUCCACUAUCCUCCCUUGAAAGGAUCAUUCCAGCAAUAAAUGAGUAUUGUCUUUAAACCAAGGGUAAGGGAUUCCCCCCCCCUCCUCUCUCUUUCUCUCUCUCUUUUUGUUGAAAGAACUUCAAACAUUUGGGACCACCUGGUAUUCUGUAUUUUCACUGGCCAUUUUGGAAGCAGUUGUAGUUGUAUUGUAUUGACUUGUGCUGGCAGUAGUUUUCAUGCCUGUCAAUGUAUCAUAGUCCUUUGUUGCCCAGAUAAAUAAAUAUUUGAUACGCUUUA